AUGUCCGUCUGCUGGAUCUACGCGAUAUCGUCGGAAGUCGUCGAUGUCGUGACGAUGAUCGGCGUCGUGUCGGGAAUCUCGUUCGAGAUCCUUGGAUUGUCGGUGUUGGCCUGGAGCAACAGCAUCGGCGACAUGAUCGUGGACCCGGCGUUGGCCCGACGGGGAUUCUCCAGGAUGGCCAUGGCCGCCGCUAUUGGGGGACCAUUGUUCAGUGAGUUCUUUCCUUCAACAGAAAAUGAUAAUUUGAUUAUUUUGAUGAAAAACAUACAUUUAUCUACACUUAUAGGCCUUCUGAUCGAUUCUAGGGUCACUGGAUACAGUUUUUUUUUUGAGUUUCUCCAGGUUCCAGGUACUUUUCAAGGUUUAGUUGGUUAGGAUGUCCUUCCAGGUCUUCUAGGUCAUUUUGUGGAUUUAUUUUUGUCUAUCUUGCGUUCACCUGAACUUUGGAAGUCCUGCUUUGAGUUUCCACGGUUUCCUCAGAGGGGUAAAUCCGAAGUUGGGCUCAAAAACUCGCAGUUUUUUUUUUCAUAAAUUUUCCGAUUACUUGUGAAAGUUGAACGUGUUGAGCUAUCUUAAAAAGAUCUGAAAAAAUUUUUUUUCACUUUUUUUCUACUACUUUUCAAUGACUUUUAAACUAGUUAUAACCCAUAUUGAAAUUUAUCCAACACUAAUUCAAAGUUUAGACCUUCUCAUCGGUUUCGGACUGCCCUUCACAAUCGCUAAAGCUCAAGGAAAAGAGAUCGCGGUUUUUUUUCAAUAUUUUCUCUCUAUAAUCUCCUUUCCAGCUCUCCUUCAAGCCAACUUACAAACUUCUCAUCCUAUUCCUCUCGAUAUCUUUAUCAACAACUUUAAUCGGUAAGAAACUUCCAAAGUUUAAAAAAUCAAUCGGAAAUUUUCCAGCCAUGCUCGUUCAAAGGUUCCGAUUACGGCGGGUCCACGGAGUCAUACUCGUCUUGAUUUAUAUCGUUUUCCUUGUAUUUGUUCUCCUAGAUGCUACCAGAGUAUUGGUUUGGAAUUAGACAGCCGCAACGCGACCGCAGACGCGUCUCAAAAUUAUUAUCUGACGAAUUUUUGUAAAUUUCAAACACGCUGGCCGUAUUUCAUGUGUUUAUAGUUUCUCCUAGCAGCUUUAUAUGUACUGAAAGUCCUUUUUUCUGUGUAUUUUUUUUUGUUCAACCCACGCCACGGGUGAUUCCUCUCAACGAUUCGGUUUUCAGGAGUACACGGGACUUUUUUUCACGUAUUUUUUUAUGUUCCUAUUGCUUGCUUAAAAAGUGAAAUAAAAAAAUGAUUUUCAAUGAGAGUUUUUUUGAUUUAUUUAAAAGCAGGGCAAUAGAAAAAGUCAGGGCGCGCCGUAGCGCAACAGGUUGUGUGCCUGUAUACGGUCCACAGGGUCACAAGUUCGAUCCCCGCCUCUAUUGUUUCAAAAAGUAGUCCAGCAAAUAUGUGAAAAUAUUCAUAAAUUCUCAACCCAGAGCUUCCAUUGGUCUUUGUUUUUAUUUAGAAAGUUGCUCUAUUCUGGAAACUUUUUUUGAAAUUUAUUCGAAUAUAACCUUAAACUUUGAAAAGAAGCAACUUUUAUCCAUUUCAGGCUCAAAUCCUACUAAGUAGUUUUUUUAAUAUAUCGAUUAUCAAACGCAAAGGCUCAAUACCUCCCAUAAGAGGCUCCAAAAUUCCUUCGAAAAUAAGCCGAGGCGUCAACUACAAGCUCAAUUCCUUUUUCCUCGACAGUUCAAAAGGACAAAGAUAAAAGUAUAAUAUAAAGAAGCGAAAAAGGUGCAAAGAUGUGGGGCGGGCGAUAAAAGUCCGAAACAAUGCACGGCAAAUUUCACUAGAUGAUGUAACCAUUUUCGUUUUUCCUCUUUUCCUGCCGUUUCAAAAGUUUUCCUCCUCCUCUGCCGCCAUUGAAUCCCAGUUGAACUCUUGUUUUGUAUCGAUUUUUAUCCCUUUUUAUGAGUGACCGGCAUUUGAUCUGCCGUCUUCUGUGAGGUGAAUUUCCUAUUCAACUGAUUUUUUGUUUUGGGGAAAAAUUACAGGGUAAAGUUUCAGAGCGAUAAAAAGUGUGUUUGCUGUAGGACUUAAAGUUUAUCAUCACCCUCUUUCUGUCUUGAUUUUCCAUGAAAAGGAAAAACCUGGAAGCUUUUUUAACAGCAUUGAAAAGAAGUUAUCCGUAGGGCGCAAAAGAGCAUGCAAAAUCAGCCAGUUCUCAAGUAAACACAAAGAAAGGCGUAUUUUUGUCGUUUCUGACUUUGAAAUCCUUCAAAAAAAUAUAACUAAAAAAAUGAAAAAAAUUGAAAAAAAUUUUAUUAUUUUCAAUUUAGAUUCUCCCAGCUUAUUGAAUAAGUUAUAUUUUUUUCUUAGCACUGAAUUUUUUUAAGUUAACCUCUUCUUUUUAAUUUUCUAUCUUUUCUCAUCCUGUCACUAUCUUGAUGAACCUUAUUUCCAGUAAAUUUCAUUUUGAGAUGAAAAAAAUCACUUAAAAAGCAAGUUUGAAGUGCGGAGAAGCGGGUUCGAACAAUAACAAGUUCAUAAAGAAGGCAAACAUUUGGUCCCAAUGGUCGGCUCAAGUGGCCAUUCUUUAUUUCCCUUCUUUUGAUCUACUUCCUCUUGACCAGUGGACGAACUAUUGACCGUUAUGCAAGGAAUCCGCAAGAAUACGGCACAUCAAUACAUCCUGGACGGCACAGGCUGCUAUCGGUUCAAGCUGAACGAGACGUCUGUCGAAAAGCAUCAAACUCUACGAAGUCCGCCAACCAAAUCAGAUGCAAAAUUCCUGAAAACGUCUCGAAGAACACCAUCUUACGAACAAUUCAUCGGUCCGGUCGACUUGUGAAUACUCCAAUGAAGGCAGCACCUCGUCUACAGCAACGCCAUAAGAAUGAACGGCUCCAGUUUGCACGCUCUAACAUGGCCACGGAUUGGAAUAAGGUAUCAAUGUUUUCUAUCACCUUAUGAUUCCCAAUUUUUCUGUUCAGAUCAUCUGCAGCGACGAGAAGAAAUUCAACCUUGAUGGGCCAGAUGGGUACGCUCACUACUGGAGAGAUUUGAGGAAAGAUCCGAUGUACUUCUCCAAGAGAAACUUCGGCGGCGGCAGCCCCAUGGUCUGGGGGGCUUUCUGCGGCAACGGGACGGUAGCUCUUUCUUUUAUUGGGACCAGAACGAAUUCGCAAGACUACCAGCAACUGCUUGCCCAGCAUCUCCUGCCCUAUCUCCGUCGCCGACGACGUGCUAAUACGACUUACCAACAAGACAAUGCAUCUGUUCACGCGAGCAACUCCACAUUGGCUUGGUUUGCGGCCAAUAACGUGGUUCUUCUGGACUGGCCCGCGUGCAGUCCUGACCUCAACUCUGUAGAGAAUUUAUGGUCAGUCCUUGUACGAAGGGUCUACGCGAAUGCCAAGCAGUAUACAACGGUCAACGAUCUGAAAAAGAGCGAUUCGUGCCGAGUGGGAUGGUUUGGACAAGUCACUGCUGCAAUCACUCGUUGGCAGCAUGCCGAACAGGAUUUUCGAAGUCGCUCAGAAACAAGGAGGCAUCACACAUUAUUAA